GACCAGGAAAAUGGCUGACAUAAUAUGUUACAUGACCCAGUACUUGAGGAAGAAAGGCCCAAUACCGAAUAAAGAGGCGUUUGUCACUGCAGCCAAAGACGUCAUCUCCAACAGCCAAUCACUGACCCAGUUCAUUAGAGUCAUUGCUAACCACUGCUUGGACAAACAAUGUAUGGUUGAACUGUCCCUUAUUGUUGAGCAGAUUCUGACCAUCACAAACCAGCUGAACAUCAUCUCCAGCGUAAAUGCCGUAACACCUGGAAGCAAAUCAUCCGAUGAGAUCCUUGUGAAGAAUACACAGAAUCUCCUCCAAAUCGUCCUGCGUGGCGUCCGUGCUGCAGAGACCGCCUGCAUCACGGGUUUAAAACAGCCAGAACCACACUCUGAUGGAGCAGAGGCCACAGCGCUGUGUUUCCAGUGGAGGAGAAACCUGGAGCUGCACCGAGCACAGCAGACCUCCAACCCAGAAACUGAUGAGCUGGGUUUGAGAAAGACUUCCUCCCACCCCCUAGCACCCAGUCUGGCCCCACCAGUUGAUGUGCAUGGUGGUCGUUUCUAGUUUAGUGGGGAAUUAAACAAGAUGGAGAGUUCAAAAAAGAUGGAGAGAGACAUGGAACGUUUUGUAGAGUUAAUGUUUUACACAUCUGGCUGUAUUUUUUUAAUUAACCAAUAGCCAAGGCCGGUGUUCUGAAGUUCCAUGCCACCCAUGGAAAUUUCCUAACCUGCAGAAAACUAUGUAUUGUUUGCAGUCGCAAAUUGGCCGAUGUACGCAUGCGCAGUUAACUCGGGUAGGAAAUUUCCAUGGGUAGGAAACUUGAUUACUUGA